CCGUUUGCCGGGCUCCCAGCGUCCUAGAUAUUCGGAGUGGUUAUCUGAGGAACCAGAAAGAGGCAAUGUAGAGACAGUGUUGCGCCUGGGAGUGCUGAGGGCCAAAAGAGAGUGAGAGGGUCCUGGGGAAGAAGCGCGCCUUGGUGGCUCCCCCCCACCUCGCACAGUCGUACAGUCCCAACAUGGCGGCCACCAUGAAGAAGGCGGCUGCAGAAGAUGUUAAUGUUACUUUUGAAGACCAACAGAAGAUAAACAAAUUUGCUCGGAAUACUAGUAGAAUCACAGAACUAAAGGAAGAAAUAGAAAUAAAAAAGAAACAACUCCAGAAUUUAGAAGAUGCUUGUGAGGACAUCAUGCUUGCUGAUGAUGACUAUUUAAUGAUCCCUUACCAAAUUGGCGAUGUUUUUAUUAGUCAUUCACAAGAAGAAACACAAGAAAUGUUAGAAGACGCAAAGAAAAACUUGCAAGAAGAAAUUGACACCUUAGAAUCCAGAGUGGAAUCAAUUCAACGGGUUUUAGCAGAUUUGAAAGUUCAGUUAUAUGCAAAAUUUGGGAGCAACAUAAACCUUGAAGCUGAUGAAAGUUAAAUAUUUUAUAAUACUUUUUAAAAAUUUGUUUAAUAAACUUGAAUAUUGUUUUAAAAGAUAACUUCCCUUCUUCAAAUGAAAUGAAAAGUGAACUUUCUUUUAAAUUUUUUCAUUUAUUUAAUGAGGAAACUUGUCUAUUUUCACAUGUCUUACCUAUUUAUUUUAUAUUUUUUAAAGAAGACAGUAUUCACCUAUGUAUUUUACAUAACAGUUAUAUCAAGUCCAGGAGCUUUAUGUCAUUAAAAUCAGUUAAGCAAUCUCUUAUGUUUGUAUAUUAUCAUUCAAAAUAUUUGUUAGAACUUUCAUUUUUAAGAAAAUUUAUAUAUAUAUGUAUAUAUAUGUAUCUUUCCACUGCUACCUGAUGAUUUUGAAAGCACCAUAAAAGCAUCUGACCCUCCAUCUAUUUACACAUUUCACAACUAAAACUUUGUCAUCUAUGUUGAAAUAUAUAUAUAUAUAUAUAUACACAUAUAUAUAUAUAUACACACACAUAUAUAUAUGCAAAUAUAUAUCACCAUAUUUCUACAUGUUGAUUUUUUUUGUGAACGAGCUUAAUAAUGCUGAGACAGGUUGGGGACCUGUUGAGCAUCAUCCAGAUAGAACAGCACAAUGCUUUAGAAACUAAGAGAUAUAUGUGUAUUAAUAGAAAUGUGAAGUGUUUUCUUAAAAGUUAUGUUUUAAGGCUUUGUAAGUAAAUAGGGUUUAUAUUAAUAUUGAUGUAGAAGUUAAGCAGCUAUGUGUUUAAAAAAAAGACUUUUUAAAUAAAAAGUAUAUUUACCUUUAUAUGAUAACACACACACACACACUCUCUCUCUCUCUCUCUCUUUCUCUCUCUCUCGAUUUGGAAAGCUACUUGUGCUAACUUUCCAGCAGAUGGCAGUAUGAAAAUGCAAGUGAAGAAUCAUCACACAAAAGUGAGGAUAUUUCUAGGUUUAAAUAUACAGAAUUUUACUUUGAAGACUAUUAAACAUUGCCUGGGCUCUUUUUCUUAAGUAGGUAGAAAGGACUUAGGAUUAAAGGUAGAAUAUGCCAUUCAACACUUCUUCAUUAUGUGGAGGCAUACUUAAAUUACUGCAAAGAUUUUCCAAAUAAUGAAAUGCAGAUUUUAGAAAGACACUUCUAACAGGGUUUUUUUUUUUUCCCCUCCACAUGCAUUUAGUAAGUCUUCCAUUAGAGAAGUGAGAUGUGUUAGUUAAGGUUUAACACAAAUACCAUGUUUAAAUUAAGAUAAUUAGAGAAAACUUUUUAGCUUCAGUUAUAGAGGUGAAGUGUAACCACUUGGUGCAUUUUGUGCCUUUACAGGCCAGGGAGCAGCCAUCCCUUUCACUCUGAAGUCCAGGAAGGAUUGCCUUUGUUUGGGGAGCUAUACAGUCAGCCUGUGACAUCUCUGCAGUGAUGGAGCUAAAGGAUAGGCACCCUGACCUAAUUCAUCCGGCCAGAACCCAGCUAGUAUCCACGGUUGGCCAAACACAACUGGAAUCCAGAAGUAAAUUCCAAAAAUCAGUUUUUUUGAAGGCGUAGAGAUAGGUGAUGAAUCAGUAGAUCUAGGAGACCAGGAGAGUGACAGACUUUUAGCCACUUAAAAUGUUAGUGCAUUGGUUCAUCUAAUCUACCAGAAGCUAAAUUAUGUGACUGACUGUAGUUAAAAAUUGUCAGAUCAUUUGCAAGUAUAGAUUUUAAUAAUAUAAGAAAAUAAACAUUACAUGGGGUUAAGGGGUUUGUUUUUUGUGUACCACCUUAUGUAUGUGUUAUUUCAUUUCUCCAGAUUGUCUUGUCCACUAGGAUAGACAGGGAGAGAAAACACGGCAGAGGAGCUUCCCCCAGUGCCAUUGUAGCUAUCCCAUGUGGUGCCGGGGCUUGAGCCUGGGCCACUUGCAUAGCAGGGCAGGGACCUAUUUCUCCAGCCCUAAUACUUUAUUUUCCUUACUUUAUCUGUGAAUUUUGAGGACAUUAUCAUGAGAAGAUAAACUGUACAUAUGUGACAACUGUUGUAAAUCAUUUCCCCUAAUAAAGUGGUUUUAAAAUUCAAA